CUUCAACCCCGAAAAGCGGACGUCAACUUCAACUUGAAUGUUCAUCAUUAUUUGAUUUCCAAGCACUGCAUCCAUUCUACCGUACCACCGCAGACAAACUCCACGAGGCCUCCAAGCAACAACAGCCUCAACCAGUAGCUACAGUACAGCACUUGAGCUACCGUUGAUUAACUGUAUCUCCAUCGGCCAACCGACACCCAACCUCCACCUCGGCCACCUGGACGGACCUUCUGUUUCAUUCCGAAAGAAACGCAACAGCAACCCUAGAUAAAACACGAUCCAAGCCAUCCCUUAUCUAUCCAGCCACCGUCCACGCAGGUACAGUACAGAAGUACCUACCUGGCCUUGAUGCCGGUCCGCGCUCCAUUCUUCUCAUCACUGUCGCCCUCGUCGUUGCGUACAGUAGCGAUUCGCAGAACAAUCUCCCGACCACGACCAAAAUUAAUCACUCCCUCCUCUUCCAUCACCUCACCAAAUCCUUCCAUCGCACCACGUUUCUUCUCCUCCCAUCCUUCCCGGCAAUCAUCCUCACCAAUGGCCGCUCAGACAGACACAUCCGCCGCCAUCGCCGCGGCCUCCUCGGGAAUCACGCCCGACACACUGGCCCAAAAGCUUCGCGACACUCUGGGCGCGACCCACGUGCAGAUCGAAGACAUGUCAGGCGGCUGCGGACAGGCGUUCAAUGCGAUCAUUGUGUGUCCGGCGUUCGAGGGCAAGAAUCUGUUGGCGCGCCAUCGACUUGUCAAUAACGCCCUGAAACAGGAGAUUGCGGCGAUUCAUGCCUGGACGCCGAAAUGUUUGACGCCGGAGCAGUGGGAGAAGGAGAAGGAUAAGAUGGAUUUGUCAUAGCGGACCUCCAAAAAAUGUAAAAAAAAAGAAUGAGCCCGCAAGCCAGCCGAGGAACGAGCGAGCGAGCGAGCGGCUCGUUUUCAUUUUGACUCGUGUCGACACCUGCCUUACCUUGUGCUACAGUACUUACUGGCAUUGGCAAUCACGGCAAUCACGGCAGUGGUGUCUGUCAUGUAUGGAUGUCUGUUCCAUGGCUACAAUGCUAGUACUAGGCUCAUGCGUUAUGUCUACCUGCCUACCUGCCUACGUACUUACAAAUGUAUUUGAAUGGGUACCUUUUUGACGAACAUGGUAUAAUCAAGAUAUCUACAGGUACCUAGAUAGCUAUUAUUAAUACGAAGACAAUCUCAACGAGACGCAAUCAAAUCGUUGACCAAGAUAUUAACAAAGUGG